AUGGUUGGCGGCCAGAGACGCCGCAACACGCGCCGUUCCAACGCACCGCGCUCCAACACUACGCCCAAUCUCGGUCUUGACUCACUCGCCGGGAGGGAGAAUGCGAGUGGUGUCACUGCAGCACAGCAUACGGAUCAAGUUGAACAUUCUCAUGUUUCACCUCCUCCUGCGCCCUCGAAUCCUAUGGUCAACUCCUACGUACACAACAGUGGCCCUCCAGGCGACCGUCAUCGCCCUCUCCCAGCGCGUCCAUCCGAUGGCUUUUCGACUAUGCCGGCCGCCCAUUCGCCUACACCCACAACAGGAAGCGCAUCAACAGUAGCCACGGAGGGCAAGAAAAGGCAUGGCAAAUUCGGCCGCAAGGCAAAGGACCAAGACCGCCCGAGCAGCUCCCAUGAGCCUACUCCCCAGCUGUCGCCUCUACCGCCGUUGACGCCUAUCAAGGCUGCACAGUUGCUGGGCGUGGACACUGGACCUAGCCCUGGUAGACCCCGGAGUACCUCUGUAGGCCGUCCGGCCCAGAACGAUGGCGGCUACGAUAGCCUACCGAUACGCCCGAUAUCGACAAGGCGAGGCUCUACGUCGGCAAUAACCACUCAGAAGAGCGCGUCGGACAGACAGAUGAGAUUCACGGAAGAGGGCCUUGACAUGGAGCCAUCAAAGCCCAAGGGCUUCUGGGGCAACACUAACCGGAAAGCUCAGCGAAUGUUAGGCUUACUCCCAUCUGCACCAUCUAAUGCUAGCCGUGAAGCCGACAUGGGGCGCGUCGCAGCUGUUUCUCUAGCGUGGCGUCCAGAAGAACAUACUGAUGCAUACUGCAGUAGCGACGCCGAACGCCAUGGCCAGUUCCGUUCGCUCCCACCAGUUCCGCCCGUUGUUCCCGAAGCUCCGAGAAGACGUAUGCGCAAGAAGCUUCCUAAGGAGCUCGAGAGGAUGGCACCCAUUACAGAGACGUCGCAUGAUGAGCUGCGCACUUCCUACAAAAUCAGCGAACAUGAUCCUGAGCUGAACGACAUCUCUGAGUAUGCGAAAGCUCCUUCCAAGGCACCGCUAUCUCGGUCGCGUAAUGAGUCAUUGCUCACAACAGACAUCAGGUACGACUUGGAAGAGGACGACCUCUCAAUCACAGACGAAGUCAUUGAUGAGGCGGCUCACGACGAGCAAGAAGACUUCGCGGCCCAUCCUGGUAACGAGGUUGAGGUCAAACAUGGCGCAAUUCUGCAAUCUACGGUGUUCCGCCUCCGCGGCCCACUGCAAACGGUUGAAGACCGUUUGCUUGACGAAGCAGAGGCGCGACUAGCACUUAGCAAGGCUAUGCUAGACCAAAACGACGAUGAUAGACUCACUCUCGACGACACAUACGCUACCUUGAAGGCGUCUAACGAGGCCAUGAAAGCGGAUUUUGCUGCCGCACAGCGUUGGCACGCCGCCCCAGAUGAGUAUGAGCAUUGCGGUUGUGCGGAUAGGCAGGUUGACAGCGACGACGACGAUGACUUGGAACCCAUUUGCAGCUGCAUUGACUUGGAUGAAGAGCCCACCGUACAUGUCGCCACCGCCGUACCAAUGCCCGUACCCUUCAUGCGGGUCACACCCGGCAUGGUCAAGCUUAUCGACAUUCCGCCUAGGAGGAAGAAACCAGCUGUACCGCUGGCACCGCCUGCACCACCCACACGAGUCGCACCGGUUGCACCCAACCCGCUGCCUGUGCUAGCCUUAUCUAGUCAGCUCAAGGCGCCCUUCAAACCUACCUACUACUUUCAACAUGACGAGAAGAUCAGUCCAUUCAACGAGCGCAGUGAGCAUGUGGAGCCUACCGUGAUGCGUGGUCAUCUUUCCGCUAGCGAGUUCAACCGUCUCGACAAGGACAAGAGAGUGAAGCUUCCCCGCGACGAGUCACGUCUUCUUGUCCAAGACUGGAUGUCUGACUACGACAUCACAAAACAACGCCCUCUUUCCGAACGUCUCGAUCUCGAUGUACUUGCCGACCAGCAAAUCCCUCCUGCCCCAUUUCCCAAAGAAGAUCACGCUACACUUCCCCUCCCGCCCAGUUCGUUAUCCAAAGAGCACUUUUGUCUCAAGGACGGCCACAUAUUCCACCCCAUCAACCUUAAGACUGUACCCGACGAAGUCGCCAUUAACAGCCUGGAAGUCCGACCGUAUCUGCAUACCGCUGUUGGCUACAAGCAGCAUGUUUCUGUUCCUGUCUUCUGCGACCGUUGCGACGAAGACGUCAAAGAAGACCUCUGGGAAUGCGACAUCGAUGUUUGCCGCAUGGGAGUCUGCAAGCAGUGUGCAGAGGAUAUGGAGCAUGAGUGGCAGGAACGUGUCGCUGAUGCUUGGACUCGUUGA